AUGGGUUUAGUUAAAAUAGAUAGUGAUAGUGAUUUAAGUGGAAAGAACUCUCAUCAUUAAUAGAUUGUAUUUGCAAUUCCAUUAAUCGUAUUCCUAUUCAGAUACAUAGUAAUGACAAUUUUAUAUAAAAAGGGUGGUAGUACAAUAUCAUUUUAAUUAAAAAUAAGCCCUAAAAGGCUAAAAUAGUGUGGAUUAUUGGCAAUAUUAUCAUAUAGUUCUUAAUUAUUUGCUUGA